CGAGAAACUCCCUCCUUUCUUUGAUGUUGAGCACAAUCAUCUCACAAUUCCAAAACUGAGCUUGAAAGAAACCAGAUUUCGAUAAACCAAAACACUCAUUCAUCAUGUGUCCAGGAUCCAUUCAUUCGGAAAUUUCGGAUUACAACAAUGAAGUCCCAAAAGACGGCGCCCCCAAGAAGGACCUCGGCUCCAUGAGGGCCAGCCAGAGGAGGAGUGUUUACUUUUCCAAGGAUGAUCAAAACAUGGACAUGCCCUCUCUUCCUGUCGCUGGCUUGAUCGAGGAACUCAAGAGUCGCCAUGGAAAGACCCAGUACGCCAUGGAAUUCCUUGCUGCUGUGGAGGAAGCCGAUAGGAAUGGUGAUGGCUUGAUCUCCAUCCCUGAGUUGGUCUUGGUGCUUGAGCAAAUGAACACCGUCAAGAAGGAGAACACCAAGCUUCACAAGUACCUUUGUUACGCUACUGUGUUGCUUUUGAUUUUCUUGCUCGCUAUUUUCGGGCUUCUUUUCGGCGUGAUCAAGUUGACCCAGGAAACUUCCACUGGAGACAGCCAGGGCAACACCAAUGCACUUGUCAACAAGGACACUGGUGUCAUUGUUGAUACCCACCCCUCGGAUGGAGGUGGCAUCUUCCUCCACAUGGGAUCCUUCACGGAACCGGUCAACAUCACUUUCCCUUCGUUCGAAGACAAGUCCUUCCAGUGUGUUGGACAGAUCACCGAGGAACAGGUCGCCGACCACUUCCGUCAGUUCACUACUGGAGGUAGUGCUAUGACUAUCCGAUACAAGGAUUAUUCCAACGUUUUCCAGCCUCUCGUCUUUGCCAACAUCCCAGCCUCCACCAUUGAAGUCACAGGAUAUGAAACCAACCCUGAAAAUGUUGUCAUGGCUGCCUCAGCUACAGAUGCCGUCAAGCACUCCAUGAAGCUCGAUGGGGAGACCAGAAAGAGGAAGUUGUCGGAGGCUAAGUAUGGCUUGCAGGGCAUCAAGGCCGAAUCCCAAGUGGGCGCGACUGGUUCUGUACGUCGUCUUAUGACCUGUCCCGCAGAAACUCAGUCGGUGGGAGCUUGUCUUACUGGUGGCAUCGAAGUUUGCUCCGGUGGAUUCACUGCUUGCGUUGCUUUCUUUGAUGCUACCUCCAUGGAGUGCGGUGCCUGUCCUCCUGCCACCUCUCCAGAAUCCAGCGGUGCCAUUACGGCUCGUCAAGGUUCUACUUGUGUCGCCGAUGACUACUCCUGUCUUUUCGGACCAUCGCGCGGCCGCUUCUUGCAAGAGGAGGACGCUGUGGCCACUGUCGCAGACUACAUGACUGGUUUCGCUUCGCAAAACGCUGAUAUCACCUUCAUCAAGGACGAAGAGCUCCAGGAAGGUGUCUACUAUGUCUGUCAUGCCUCCGAAGCAACUGUGUUCUAAACGAAAGUGCCUUGUUAGCUGAGUCCUUAGACGGAGAGAAGUUGACUCGCAACAGUAUAUGCGCUGCAGAUAGGUGCAAGGAAGCCCAAAUGGAGAGAAGUUGACUUGCGAGUAUAUGUGUUUCAUUGAUUGAGAAAACAAAACUAGAAACAAAACUAGAGUUGAGUGGUAGGAAAACGUAAAUAAUAUAGCAAUGAGCGAACUCUUUGA